AUGUCUUUAAAGACUCUUCCCGUUGUCCAAGUAAUGGAGUUACCCACUGGAUCACCAGAAUACGAAGCCUCGCGAAGAAAUUUGCUUGAAGAAUUUGCUACCAGGGUGCCAGAGGAACUUCGACUCUCUCCAGAUCUCAUCAAUAAUGCCCCCAGGAAUGUCACGGACAUUCCUCGAAAAUGUGGUCUUUUAUCCCCCGAAGAAAUUGAUAUCACUGAAAAUUACGAUGCCACUGCACUAGCAGUACUCAUUAGAGAAAAAAAGGUGACCUCGGUGGCGGUUGCAACAGCAUUCGCUAAGAGGGCAAUUAUAGCACAUCAGCUGACUUCUUGCCUUACGGAAUGGUUCAUGGACGAGGCUAUUGAGCGAGCUAAAUACUUGGAUGAGUAUUUGCAAUCUACAGGAAAGACAGUUGGACCUCUCCAUGGAGUCCCCAUCAGUGUCAAAGACCUCUUUCCUGUAGCCGGACAUUGGUCAGGUCUAGGCUUCCUCGUGGCAAGAUUUAAAGAAAAGGAAGACUGCCAGAUAGUAUCCAUACUGCGAGCCGCCGGAGCCGUUUUCUAUUGCAAGACCAACCAACCCCAAGCAAUAAUGCAUAUUGAGAGCACUUCUUUCUUUGGGCGCACUUUGAACCCUCAUAAUACUGGUUUAUCGUCGGGAGGGUCUACCGGAGGAGAGGCUGCUUUACUGGCUAUGCGAGGAUCCGUCCUUGGCCUUGGAACUGAUAUUGGUGGAAGCAUUCGAGUCCCCUCUAGUUUCUGUGGCAUCUAUGGCUUCAAACCAACCUCGUAUACUCUUCCAAGGAAGGAUAUCCUGCCAAUGGGGGCAUUGGCGGAGCUCAGUAUUCUGGCUUCAAUAGGCCCAAUGUGCACUACUUUGAGAGACUUGGAUCUCCUUACUUCAGUUACCCUGGCAUCUAAACCACAUUUAUUAGAUCCAAGGCUAGUUCCCAUCCCAUGGACAGGUCUUAACACAGCACCAAAGCCUUCGCCGUUGAAGAUUGGUAUCAUGAUGACUGAUGGUCUUAUUAUUCCACAACCGCCAGUCACCCGAGCUUUAAAUUGGGUGGUGGAGAAAUUAAAGGCAUCGAACGCCUUUUCAGUCAAAACUUUCGAACCAUACGAAGUAUCUACAGCUCUGAAGAACAUACAUCAAGCGUUUUGGCCAGAUGGCGGCAAAGGCGUAAGAGAGCUCCUAGCUGCCUCAGGCGAACCGAUGCUUCCCUUGACUCAAUGGGAGUUAAAAGACACUGAUGGAUUAGAACUCAAGCCAUGGGAAAUUCUGCAACAACAUGUAGCACGCGAUAAUUUUAGGUGUGACUUUGCUCGUCAUUGGGAAUCUCAGGAUGUUGAUAUCAUUAUCUGUCCCGCCUCUGUUGGUCCGGCAGGGGAGCACGAGACAGGCUUUUAUUGGAACUACACUUCUUUCUGGAAUUAUGUCGAUUGCCCUGGCGUUGUUUUCCCUACACCUAUCAAAGCUAGAGCGAAAGGAGCUGAAGGAUACGCAGCUGAUACUCCCCCACCACUCAAUGAACAGGACAAACAUGUGCGAAAGAUGUGGGAAGAGGGUGAUUUUGAAGGGGCUCCUAUUGGCCUGCAGAUAGUGGCGAGAAAGCAUCAUGAUAAUGAUCUAUUUGGGGCCUUGGAAAAACUGCAGUAUGUUUUGGAGUUGCAAUAA